CGGUGAUAUUUUUGUUAUUUUUCAAUUAAUUUAUUUUAUUUCGAUAUUUUUGAUAAACUCGUGCACAAAAACCCCUUUGAUCGCGUCUGCAUAUAAAACGCCAUCGUCUCACUCUCUCUCUCUCCGCGUUCCACUAAUAAUAAAGUGAAGCGUCUUCUGCCUCGUGCUACUCCACUUCAGGAUUUUCCCGAGAAAGUUUCAGCGAGAAACUUCGAGAAAAUUUCGAACGCAGCCUUCGCUCUUUGAGGGAAGGUCUGAAUCAAUAAGGAAAAGCCAUUGUUACAGGCUUGAAGCGAUUUUCAAAUUUUGCAAUGGAGGUGAAAGUAGCUUCCACUUCCCCAUUCCUUCAAUGGGCGGCUCAUCCUUCUUCAUUCCCUUCUCAAACCCUAGCUUCCGGUACCAUAUCGUCUCCUUCUAAACGACGGAGCACCGUACACGACGGACGGUUUCUAUCCUGUCGUUUCGCGCCGCAGAGACUGAACCGUUCGGCUCUAUUCGGAACUCCGUCGACGAAGCUCCAUCGCUCCAAGUCCUGCGAGCUAUGGGAAUCAUCUAGACUGAUCAAAACUCAGUCGAUUCGAGGAGUCUGUAGCGCAAGCUUAGAUCCGUUCUCCGAUGAGGAGUUUUCGAAAAAGAUCCAGGAGCUAACUCUCAGAUUCAAUGUCUCCAGCGACGAGAGAGAGACGAGCAGCGAUUCGGAGAAGAUGAUUAUCCACCACGAUCGUAGUUACAUCGCAAUGGAGAAACCUAAUCUACUGCGAGAUUCAAUCGAGCCGCCAUGGAACAUCGAGAUGAAAGCAAACAGCGUCGAUCUUCCUCUCUCGCUACGGAUCAUAAAGAAGAAACGACAGUGGGAAGAAGGAAUCAAACACACCGGCGAAUCCGCGUGUGGGUCGAUGAACAGGGCCUUUUCGUCGAUGGUGUUCAUGAUCCGCGAGCUUCAGAGCUUCACUCUGCACAUGAGAGAGGUUCUCUUCUUCGAAGACUUGCAAGGGAUCUUACAGCGAGUGAGAGAAGAGAUGCACGCAUCUUUCGUUUGGUUGUUCCAACAAGUUUUCUCAGCAACGCCUACUUUGAUGGUUUACGUCAUGAUCCUCCUCGCCAAUUUCACUGUUUAUUCAAUCGGUAGCAACUCUGCUUUAGCCGUCGCCGCCGCUCCUCUUCCUCCGACGACCAUCGUAACAGAGCUAACAACCGUCAGCGAAAUCCAAGACUCGAAUGAGAAGUUCGAUUCCUCGAUGGUGAAAACGUUCUUUGUGUCGUCUCCCAACGGGAACACAACUUCCCUCGGGGGUAACAACAAUGGCGGCGGAGGAAAUAUCCGGCCGGUGUUAAGCGGAACAGACGGUGAUGGAUUCGAUGGAUCAGAGCAAUUCAGAACGAUCAUACCCGAAGGAGUUUCACAAUUGUCGUCAUCAUCGUCAACGUUAGGGUCAAAGACUACAGAGUCAGAAACAUCAGUAUCGGGACAAGACGAGCUUAGGCUGUGGAAUUCGAUUCUGGAUGAAGCAGAGCAAAUGCAGUAUUCAAAUAUAGACAAUGCUUUGGAUCACGAGACGAGGAAACGGUUCGUGUCUCCUUUGGAUGCUCGAGUAGAAACAGAGGAGCACAUUGAUUACUUCAAAACAGAGCUUCUCUACCAAACAGGACUGUCUCAAGAGCCUAAUAAUCCUCUGCUUCUAGCUAACUAUGCUCAGUUCCUCUACAUCGUCUCUAAUGACUAUGACAGAGCGGAAGAGUAUUUCAAGAGAGCGAUAGGAGUGGAACCGAGAGACGCGGAGGCGCUGAACAAGUACGCGACGUUCUUAUGGAAAGCACGGGACGAUCUUUGGGCGGCGGAGGAGACUUUCUUGGAAGCAAUCGAUGCCGAUCCGACCAACUCUUUCUACGCCGCUAAUUACGCUAAUUUCUUGUGGAACACGGGAGGUGAUGAGACGUGUUUUCCUCUCGACGAGUCUCAGGAAGACACUACCAUCUAGAUAAGACUGUCCAACACAAGUCUUCUUAUGAAUAAACAAUCUAUACAGCUAAUGAGAAUAUACACGUAUAAAUAUGUGCAUUACCACUUGUAUGUAUUAAUGUAUAUGCGCGUUUUGCCAUCGGCUAUGUCACAAGAAUCGUGCGUAAAAGUGUUAAAUCCGUAUAGUUACGACUUACGAUCUAGUGAAAAUGAAGAGAGUGUAUCUUCGGAGUCUGGUUUGGUAUGGUAGUGGUUGAGCACAUGAUGAAGCUCGAUAGAGCACGUGAGAUUUGAGCAUAUCAUCUGCUGCAAAUCCCAUCACCUCGGGUUAUGGGUCUUUAGUUGGGCCUAUGUGGUGAAACCAAGUGUCC